AUGACUCAUAAUGGAUACGCAGUACGCAGAGCUGGCGGCUGCCUUCGACAACUAGGAGAAUGUUCUACCAGCGCAGGGAGUGAUCCUGUAUCAUCUCUACUUCUCUUCCGAUGCUGCCCCAUCAAUACAGUGUGUAACGACAAAUACACGGGGAUCUGUUGUUCGAGCGAAGAAGACUGCAGACCCAAAAUCAACCCAGCACAAUGUGCCAAUGCAACCUGGAAUCUUUAUCAAAACUAUGAUGGCGGAUAUUUCUGUUGUGACCAGAAUCAAUACGGGUUUAAUAGGACUCAGGGGGGAGUUGGGUGUGGAACGGAAAAAGAGCUUCAGGAUGCAAGUAGGACCUCACCGACAUCAAGCAGUUCCACAAAAUCGAGCAACCUCUCAACAUCUAGCAGCUCCCCAACAUCGAGUAGCUCCUCCAGUUCAAAUACUGGCGCAAUCGCAGGUGGUGUGGUUGGUGGUGUUGCCGGGUUAGCAAUCAUUGUCGCCUUGCUUUGGUAUUUCAUGCGUCGUCGCCCACAGAAGCAGCCUCUAGCGGAGGUGCCCGUCACCGAAGCAUCAAUGUUGCAGCACAAUUCUCUUCAGUCCCCGGGCAUACUGGGCGAAUUAGACGGCCAAACUUCUGUGUCAGAGCUACCUAGCCACAAAGGGGAUACUCUCCACGAGUUGCCGGAAUCUGGAAACAAUCGAUGA